AUGUCUUCACUCACAAAUUCGUCAACCUCUCGCACAUCUUCAAUAAGUUCAACAUCGAGUUCGAAAAGUUUGAAUGACAGUACAAAUGCAGGUAUCGGGAAGAAGAAGUUUUGCUGUAGUUUCGCGGGGUGCGGAAAAUCAUUUUCAAGGAGUGAACAUUUGCACCGUCAUGCGUUAAAUCACAAGGAUGGAAAUCAUACCUGUUUGCGAUGCCGUGCACAUUUUCGACGUCGAGAUCUUCUUGACAGACAUAUGAAUCGUCACAAAGAGAAGGAUGAUGAAGCUGGUGGCGAGGGACUAGGUGUAUUGGCUACCAGAAAAAGACUUUGGAGAGACGCAGACGGAAACAUUGUUGCUACAAGAAGACCAUCAUAUGUGCAAGAAGGCACCAAACGCAGACAGACAACCACGAGAGCAGACAGAAAGAUGAAAGUCAGCAUUCAGUCAGAUUCUCAAGACCAAGUCGGCAGUCAUCAAUUACUUUCUCCACCAAUGAACACACCCACUAUCCGAUCAAGGUCGCCAUCUGCAAUUGUGGUGGAUAACGGAAGAUCAUAUCCGGAAGCUGAAGGCCACCAGAGAUUCGAAUCACAUCACGCUGUUCCAUGGAAUGGUAUGACUGCAUCAAUACCAUCACCGCCAACCUCAGAAUCUAGCAUUCACUCAGCGGGUCAAUCUCCAGCGCCUGAACUCGGUGAUCUUGAUGGGCUCUACGAAGAAACCACAUGGCCUGCAAUUCCAAAUGGUCUACCUCAAGCUCCUUCUCUCAAUCGCCAACUUCCCGAGCCUACCGAAUACACCAUGGGACCUUCACAUCAUUGGGGUUCGCAACCCUUCCAAACAUUCAUGGGGGCAAUGCCGGAGGUUCCUGGGAGCUACGAUGAUAUCUUCAAGCCAGAUCCAGGAAUGUACGAGUGGCAGAUGCCGCAAUGGAAUAAUCAGAUGUUGAUGUCAAGAGUGAGAGAGGAAAAGCCUGGGUACGAGGCGCAAGAAGAGCCAAAGAGGGAAUGGGGUUAUUCAUAUUCUGCGCAAGGAGGCAAUUUUCAUAGGACCUAUGGUGUUGGAAGAUGUUGA